AUGGGUGCUCUGUUCUUCAAUGGACUGUUCUUCAAUGGACUGUUCUUCAAUGGACUGUUCUUCAAUGGACUGUUCUUCAAUGGACUGUUCUUCAAUGGACUGUUCUUCAAUGGACUGUUCUUCAAUGCCCUUGAGGUGAAUUUUGCCAAACCCCAUGCUGUAGAGGCUGUGGAGGCUGUAGAGGCUCUGGAGGCUGUAGAGGCUGUAGAGGCUGUAGAGGCAGUGGAAGCUGUGGAGGCUGUAGAGGCUGUAGAGGCUGUAGAGGCAGUGGUUGUCCUUGUGUGUGCCCUCAUCUCUCCAGUUCCCGGAGGAGUGAUCCAAAAUGGCGCCCGCAUCAGAAGCCAGGGACUGUUUCCUGUCAUACGGCCCCUACCCAUCAGCCCCCUGGGGAGCAAGACCUCAGGCAUUAGGUCGGCUUUGGGGGACUACCUGACCCGCGGCCAAAGCUCCGCCCCCGACUCUGUCCCUCCCGGCGACGACCUAGGAGAGGACCACACCUACAGCUCCGGCCUCUCUCCCAGCAUGCCCUGCUCUUCCCAGGGCCCCUCCGGUGACCAUGACGAUGAGGGCGACAACGUCAUUGCCGUGGACCUCCGAGGGGUCAAAUCCGAGCCCAGGGAGGUUCCGGUGGACUCCGCCUUCCUAUCCCAGCAGGCCCGGCGAGCGCGGGCCACGCUGCCGUGGACGAAAAACCGCCUGCGAGCCCUGAGCGACACGCUGCCGCUGAAGAAGCGCCGCGCGGCAGAGAAGCCUCCGGAGAGCGACGACGAGGAGAUGAAGGAAGCGGCCGGAUCCCUGCUCCACCUGGCUGGCGUCAGGGCCUGUCUCAACAACAUCACCAACCGCAACGCCAAGGGGCAAAAGGAGCCCAAGGAGGCCCUCAGAGACUAAGGCAGGACACACACGUACACACACACAAACAUGUACACGCUUUCACACUCACAGACACAUUCUCUUUGUCUGUCACUCGCA